AUGCCUGCUGUGGAUGGACCCGAAACCUGCACGUUCAUUGACCAGUUCUCCUACAUGUGCGGCUGCCCUGGUGUUGUGCCAACCUGCUCGCUGUGUGGCCUAGACGAAAGUGGAAAUCAACUGUUGAUGGAACGCUCCGAAGAAGUCUUGAUCCCUGGCAAUAAAGAAGAAGGUCAACACGACGUGACGUGCUCCGAAUGGGAUAAGCUAAUGAGUUUGCACGCGGAACCCAACACGCCAGAGACAGCUACUAGCCGUUCCGGUGGAACGACUGCCUGUGAACGAGCUUUGGAAAAAUCCGAAGAAAGAACGGGUGUGCAGUUGGAAGGACUGUGUGGCUGUCCCGGAGUGGAACCUGCCAUGGAGUGUUCGGGAUGUCCUGGUGGACUGCACCUGCAUUCUAGCAAGAGCGAAGAAUGCGCUAGGCUUGCAUUCCUUGCAUCCCACAUCACAAAUUCUACCAAGUGUGAGAUUGUCCAGGAAGGGGCAAUGUCAAUCGAUUGUUGUUUGGAAGAACCGGAGGCAAAGCCAGAAGAGAUUGAUGUCGGCCCGGUUUCGAGCACCGCCGAAGCUCCCUCUUCUGGUGCGACGACGACAACAUGGUCUUUGUUUGGGGGUUUUGCCACCGCCAUGGCAAUCCUCGGAUUCGUGCUCUAA